AUGGAAUCAACACACGAGCCGGCGGACCCCAUCGCAAAGGGCGUGCUGGCCACGGCCAAGCAAUCCUGGAAGGACUUAUUCAUCUGGAAGCAGCGCGUCGUCGUGACCAACGAGCUCGGCGAGACCAGCACAGAAUGGGCGCGUCCCGUGCCCCUGCGUAACCCAGUCAGCCUGAUGCUGCAGCUCUCGUUGCGCGACUGGCUCUUCUUCAUCGUCGGCCUGGCCGCCUGGACCGCCGAUGCCUACGAUUUCCACGCCUUAUCCAUCCAGCAAGUCAAGCUGUCAGAGUACUACAACACGACCGUGACUAAUGUGUCGACCGCGAUCACGCUGACGCUGCUACUGCGAUCAGUCGGCGCGGCCAUGUUUGGUCUGGCGGGUGAUCGGUGGGGACGCAAGUGGCCGAUGGUGUUCAACAUGAUUGUCCUGGGUGUGCUGCAGAUCGCGACCAUCUACAGUUCGACGUUCCAGCAGUUUCUGGCUGUGCGCGCGCUCUUUGGCUUGUUCAUGGGUGGAGUCUACGGAAACGCCAUCGCCAUGGCUCUCGAGCACAGCCCGCCGGAUGCUAGAGGUCUUAUGUCCGGUAUUCUGCAGCAAGGGUACUCCUUCGGGUAUGUUCUUGCAGCCUGUGUCAACCUCGGUGUCGGUGGCGACCCGGAGAGCUGGAAGACGGUGUUUUGGAUUGCCGCCGGAUUAUCCAUCGGUGUCGGUAUCAUUCGUAUCUUCUUCCCCGAAUCGCAGCAGUUCCUGGAAGCGCGCAAGCACGGACAUCAGCAUGUUAGCGUCUCGGAUUUCUGGAAGGAGACCAAGUUGAUGCUCCGCGAGGAAUGGAAGCUGUGUGUCUACAGCGUCAUCUUGAUGACCUGGUUCAACUACUACAGCCAUACCUCCCAGGACAGCUACACGACCUUCAUGCUCACGCAAAAGGAACUCGACAACUCCGGUGCCAGCCGCGCCAGUAUUCUCAUGAAGGUCGGCGCUUGCGUGGGCGGCACCAUCAUCGGCUACAUCUCGCAGUGGUUCGGCCGCCGCCGCACUAUCGUGGUGGCCGCCCUCAUGAGCGGUGUCCUCAUUCCGGCCUGGAUCCUGCCCCAAGGCGAGCGCGCCCUGUCAGCCACCGGUUUCUUCGAGCAAUUCUUCAUCCAGGGCGCGUGGGGUGUGAUUCCGAUCCAUCUCAACGAGCUGUCCCCGCCAGCCUACCGUUCCUCCUUCCCCGGCCUGACCUACCAGCUCGGAAACAUGAUCUCGUCGCCGUCUGCACAGAUUGUGAACGCGAUCGCUAGCAGCCACUUCGUUACCAGCAAGAGCGGUAAGCUGGUCAAUGCCUACGGCCCAACCAUGGGGAUUGCGACGGCCAUCAUUGCGACUGGUAUUGUGGUCACCACCGCGCUUGGCCCAGAGAAGAGGGGUCGCGAGUUUGAGAAGGCGUUGCCGGCGGGUCUGAACGUGGUACCGGAGAAGAAGGUGGAUGAUUUGGAGAGAGCUGAGUCGAAGCCGACGGCCGCCGGCGCCGAGAAUGUGGAUGAGAAGAAGGAGGAUAAGAUUUGA